GAAAGGUGUGCUGCAGAAUGUGGGCGGGAUUUGGCGAAACAGCUGGUGGCCUUGCUGUGAAACAGUGCGGUGGAUGGGCCAAACAAAACAAUCUGGCAUCAUGAGGGUCCCAAUGAGUGUGUUUUGGGCAGCUUUCUUUGUAAAACAGGCUCUUGGAGACUACGGCAUGGCCCACUUUAGUGAUCAGGGAAAAGGCAAAGGCAAGGAUUAUUGUAUAUUUUACAAUCCUCAGUGGGCACGCCUACCUCAAGAUCUCAUCAAAGCGUCCAGGUUGCAGAUCUACGACCUGACCGGUUCGGUCCUCUGCUCAGCAUCGGAUGUUCCGGAGGGCGGCUUUCCCAACAGCAUUCCCAUGGUGCUUCGGGGAAACUGCACCUUUUAUGAGAAGGUCCGACUGGCACAGAUAAAUGGUGCCAGGGGCAUUCUUAUCGUCAGCAAAGAUAGACUGACUCCUCCAGCGGGCAACAGAAGCCAGUAUGAGGAGAUUGAUAUUCCCGUAGCCCUGCUUAGCUACGCAGAUAUGUUGGACAUCAGUAAGACCUUCGACAAGGGCAGGGAGGUGGCCAUGUAUGCCCCAAGCGAGCCAGUGCUGGACUACAACAUGGUGAUCAUCUUCCUGAUGGCUGUGGGCACUGUUGCUGUUGGAGGACACUGGGCUGGCAGUAGGGACAUCAAGAAGCGCUACAUGAAGCACAAGAGGGACGACAGCACAGAGAAGCAGGACGAGGAGACGGUGGACGUGACGCCCAUCAUGAUCUGCGUGUUCGUGGUCAUGUGCUGCACUAUGCUGGUGCUUCUCUACUUUUUCUACGACCACCUAGUGUAUGUGAUCAUUGGGACAUUCUGCUUGGCCUCAUCAGUCAGCCUCUAUAGCUGCCUAUGGCCCUUUGUGCGCAGGUUGCCAUUUGGAAAGUGCAGGAUACCAGAGAAUAACUUGCCGUAUUGCCACAAGCGGCCUCAGGUGCGCAUGUUGCUGCUCACAGUGUUCUGUGUGGGCGUGAGUGCCACAUGGUGUGUCUUCCGCAAUGAGGACCAGUGGGCUUGGGUGCUGCAAGAUGCCCUGGGAAUUGCCUUCUGUCUCUCUAUGCUGAAAACCAUCAGAUUACCCACCUUCAAGGCUUGUACGCUACUGUUGGUGGUGUUGUUUGUCUACGAUGUUUUCUUUGUAUUUAUAACGCCACUCUUAACCAAGAGUGGGGAGAGCAUCAUGGUAGAGGUGGCGGCUGGUCCAAUUAACUCCUCUACUCAUGAGAAGUUGCCCAUGGUACUGAAAGUUCCUAGACUGAACUCUUCCCCUCUAGCCCUGUGUGAUAGACCCUUCUCUCUCCUGGGUUUCGGAGAUAUCCUGGUUCCAGGCCUAUUGGUGGCAUACUGCCAUAGGUUUGACAUUCUAAUGCAGACCUCACGGAUCUACUUUGUGGCCUGUACCAUAGGUUAUGGCAUUGGCCUUCUCAUCACGUUUGUGGCCCUGGCUCUGAUGGAGAUGGGCCAGCCUGCGUUGUUAUACCUGGUGCCUUGUACUCUCCUCACCAGCCUCGCAGUAGCGCUAUGGCGCAAGGAGUUGCCUUUGUUCUGGACAGGAAGUGGAUUUGUGCCUCCCCCCAUCGUCAUGGCACCAAUCAACUGCACUCAGACUGCUGGACCUUCCACCAAAGACGAGCCCCUUACCAAUCCUGAACCUCAGAGUCCCGACGCCACCCAUCAGAGCGAAGACCCACUUCCCCUCCCUCCUCUUGAUGAGCAGGUGGCCCAGCCUGAAGAUAAGGCCACCAAGUCUGAGUAAUGACUCUUACGACGCCAAUUUGUUUCUUCUUUUUCUAUAACGUUGGAUAUGAAUAUAAAUCGGGGCAAAGGAGAAGUACCUCCGUACUCACGGACAUGCCGUGGCCAAACAUCUCUGCACGUUUGGUGGGUCAGCGAACAACAAGCGAGUACGCUCAAGAGGAUUGCAAUACAUUUGACUAAUUUAGAAAAAGCCCAAAAAAGCCCAGGUGAAGACGGGUUCACUCAAGCCUGCACUCGCAAUGCUUCACCGGCCUCCUGUGCCUGCAGGACAAACUAAGCAGGACCCGCAGUUGAACUGUGGGUCACUCUACAGGAUGCAGCUCGACAUCAGAUACAUCCUCUAGUUUCUUCAUUGCCCUCUCCAGUGCUCGUCUGAAAUACAGCGAGCCAUUAUAAGCGCCAUCCUGGAAAUAAAGAUAAAAAAAACCUACAGGUUUAAAGUGUCACACCCUUUAAAAUAUGGUGCUAAGAAGAACAAAAUGAGCCAAAGGUUCCAGCAAACGGUGAUGAUGUUGCACAUCAUUUUCAUUCUCAUUUCUUUCCUUCUGGGUUCGGAGUUAUGCAUGCUGUGGUUUGUAAUCACCUGCGAGGGCACUGUAUGGUUUUUAGUUUUUCUUUUCUAUUCACUGCAUAGUAUAAAAAGGUACAGCCGUUUGUAAUCAAGGUCCGUGUUUAUUCAUGAAUUGUAGAUUUUUUUUAUAUAAUGUUUAGAUGAAUGGCCUGGCUUUGAGUGCUCGUGAGUGGGUUUGGAGUGUUGCCUCGUCAAACGGAGUACUGUACUGAAGAUGUGCUGUGAUAAUUUUUUUUUUACUUGACAAAAAUGUAUUUCUUUGACCCUAGAACGAUCUGAGACAAACAUUUCAGUCAGAUCAUUCUGAAUUACUAUGUACUGGAUGACUUGACAGGGUGCAAAUGAUAACUGUGUUGAAGUUGGAUUUGAAGACAGUUGUGUCUGUGAUACCAUAAUAAAAAAAUGUAUUCAAUGACUAAA